AUGGCCGCACAGUCUACCCUACGGCAGCCGCAUGACCCUCUACUAGCCCUCUACGACCACUACACCAAGCUUCUCAAAUCCCGCGUCCGGAACGCAUCGAAGCUUACCAAGCUGCUAUCGACCAUCACCCUGCUAUUCACCAUCAUAGGCGCUGGCUAUGGAGGCAGGCGACUGUACAAAAACCGACGCGCAGAGAAGGAGACGGGCCGACGGCUUCUGAGGAGGAACUCGGGACUCAAGAACAAAGAUGGCUCCAGGACCAUCUACGUGCCGUAUCGCGACUCGACGUCCAAAGUUGUCAUAAACCCCACCAAGCAAACGACGUUUGAUGCCCACCGCAGACUCUUCCUCCAGCCGCCGCGCGCCGCGCGCAUGGCCGAUGUGUCCUCCAACGACCCACAAGCGCCGCCGCCGCAAACCAAGCCGGGCCUGAACCUCGCGUUUCUGCACCAGUUCCUCAGCUUGCUGAACAUCAUGAUACCGAGAUGGAACAGCAAAGAGACAGGUCUGUUGGUGAGCCACAGCGUGUUCCUGAUGCUACGGACAUACCUCUCCCUCGUCGUAGCGCGGCUCGACGGAGAGAUUGUGCGAGAUCUCGUCGCAGGCAAUGGCAAAGCAUUCCUGUGGGGUAUUGUCAAGUGGCUGGGUGUGGGUACAUUCUCAUCGUACACCAACGCGAUGAUCAAGUUUCUGCAGAGCAAGGUCUCGAUUGCCUUCCGUACCCGACUGACGCGAUACAUUCACGACCUUUACCUGAACGACCACCUCAACUACUACAAGCUGCAGAAUCUGGACGGCGGCGUCGGAAUGGCAGAUCAGUACAUUACACAAGACUUGACGCUAUUCUGCGCGAGUGCUGCAUCAUUAUAUUCCAGUCUGGGCAAGCCAUUCGUCGACUUGUGCGUCUUCAACUACCAGCUGUACAAGUCUUUGGGUCCGUUGGCUCUUACAGGCCUGCUGAGCAACUACUUCCUGACAGCGACGGUCCUGAGAAAACUCUCGCCACCCUUUGGAAAACUAAAGGCAGUCGAAGGACGAAGGGAAGGCGAGUUCCGCGCUCUCCACUCGCGCCUUAUUGCAAAUGCCGAAGAAGUCGCUUUCUACGGCGGCGAUGAGAUGGAGAAGCAUUUCCUAGAGCGUGGUUUCAAAGACCUCAAGCACUGGAUGGAAGGCAUAUACAGUCUUAAGAUCAGGUACAACAUGCUCGAGGACUUUGUGCUGAAAUAUUCUUGGUCAGCCUUUGGAUACCUCAUCACCUCUCUCCCGGUCUUCCUGCCAGCCUGGGGUGGCCUCGGCAGCGCACCUGAAGUGCCAGGAAGCGAGCGUACAGAGCGCGAGCGGGGCCGCAUGAAAGACUUUAUUACAAACAAGCGACUCAUGCUCUCCCUCGCAGAUGCUGGCGGACGAAUGAUGUACAGCAUCAAGGAUCUCUCUGAAUUGGCAGGAUACACCUCACGUGUCUACACACUAAUCAGCACGCUGCAUCGCGUCCAUGCAGACGCAUACUACCCCCUUCCGGGCACGCGUCCAGAGCUCUAUUCAGUCUCUGACAUCCAGGGUACGGUGCAUAAAGGCUUUGACGGCAUCCGUCUUGAGCACGUGCCGAUUGUUGCGCCAGCCUUGCACCCAAUGGGAGGCGACGAGCUACUCGAAUCCCUAUCCUUUAUUGUGCAUUCUGGCGAACAUCUCCUCAUCACUGGUCCCAAUGGCUGCGGUAAGAGCGCCGUAGCGCGUAUUGUUGCUGGUCUCUGGCCCGCCUAUCGCGGUCUCGUCAGCCGACCGCGCAGCAUUGGUGUAGACGGCAUAAUGUUCCUACCCCAACGGCCUUACCUUUCCACUGGCACGCUCCGUGACCAAGUCAUCUACCCUCACACGGACGCCGACAUGAAGGAUGCCGGUCGCCGCGACUUUGAGCUCUCCCAGAUCCUUGAGGAGGCCAAGCUCGGCUACCUGCCAGACCGAGAAGGCGGCUGGGACACGAAGAAAGUGUGGAAAGACGUUUUCAGCGGCGGUGAAAAGCAGCGAAUGGGAAUUGCAAGGUUGUUGUAUCACGAACCCCGCUAUGCAUUCAUCGACGAAGGAACCAGCGCCGUCAGCAGUGAUGUCGAGGGUCUACUUUAUGAACGCGCAAAGGCAAAGGGCAUCACCCUCAUCACGAUAUCUACACGUGCUUCCCUCAAACGCUACCACACCUUUACCCUUACCCUUGGCAUGGGUGACCACGGUGACGAGUGGGAGUUCCAACGCAUUGGCACGCAAUCUGAAAAGUCAAACGUCGAGAAGGAGUUGGCGGAGCUGAGAGAGAGACUAGCCAAGGUAGAGGGCUGGAAGAAGAGGAGAGAGGAGAUUGAGGCGGAGCUGAAUAGGGUGUGGGUUGAGAAGGAGGGGGAUGGUGCUACCGAGGAGUUGGCACCGCCACCGUACUUGGAGGAGGAGGCGUAUGAAGAGGUAGUUGAUGAAGAUGUGGCAGACGAGGAGGUUGUAGGAGAGGAGGUGGCCGGUGAAGAGGUGGUGGGCGAUGCAGCGGCAGGUGAAGAGGCGGCAGAUGAAGCGGCAGAUGAGGAUGCAUCUGCUGGUUUGUAGCGAGG